GCCUAGUACUUUGUUUCGAUUCUGACUGGAGUAGCAGCCGAUUGGCGUGGCCGCAGUCCACAACAUUAUCAAAGAAGUGCGACAAUCACGAUUUAACAAGAUUUAGUUUGUUUGUUUUCCAAGUGCGGUUUGAUCUAUGUUUCAUUGUGACUGGGGACAUGGAAAGCUGACACUUGAAUCCUUGUAAGAUUGCAGCUCACCGUGAGUUGUUUACGUGUAGCUAGUUAGCCAGUUAGCAACAGAUCUGACAGCCGAUCUGACAGGCGUUUAAGAAUGAAAUGGAUACCCGUGAUAGUUCAUAUGGAUUAGUACGUUCAUUUAACAGGUUCAUCGGUUCUCCACAUCAUAUGUGGUCGGUUCGAGCAAGUUAGGAACACAGAUCGAAACAAGAUGGAGAAACCUCCUUUUAGACAGAAUCAGGUAUGUGGCUCUUGGAUCAUGAAGGAGAGGCUUGGAACAGGAGGAUUUGGCCAUGUCUACCUGUAUCAGAAUCAGGAGAACUCGGAAAAAAUAGCUGUGAAGCUCUGUCGCCUUGAACUUAAUUCCAAAAACAAAGACAGAUGGAGUCGAGAGAUCCAGAUAAUGAAAAAGCUAAAGCACCCUAAUGUGGUGACAGCAAAGGAUGUGCCUGAAGAGAUGAUGCACAUUGCUUUGAAUGACUUACCGCUUUUAGCCAUGGAGUACUGUUCCAAGGGAGACCUUCGAAAGGUGCUUAGCAAAACAGAAAAUUGCUGUGGCUUGAAAGAGAGCGAAGUGUUGGCUUUACUGAAUGAUGUUGGUUCUGGGAUCCAGUACCUCCAUGAGAAUAAGAUCAUUCACAGAGACCUAAAGCCAGAGAAUAUUGUGCUACAAGACAACAAUGGAAAGCUUGUCCACAAAAUAAUAGACCUUGGCUAUGCCAAAGACUUGGACCAGGGCAGCCUAUGCACUUCAUUUGUGGGCACUUUACAAUAUCUGGCUCCAGAGCUGUUUGAAGGCAAGUCAUAUACAGUCACUGUGGAUUAUUGGAGCUUUGGCACCAUGGUCUUUGAGUGCUGUUGUGGAUUUCGGCCUUUUCUUCACAAUCUCCAGCCUGUGCAGUGGACAAGCAAAGUACGAAACAAAGGCCCUAAAGACAUAAUGGCUGUGGAAGAUAUGAACGGAGAGGUCCGGUUUUCUACCCACCUUCCGUACCCCAACAAUUUAAGCAGGACACUACUGAAGCCCUUAGAGGAGCUGUUGCAGACGAUGCUAAAGUGGGACCCGGUACAAAGGGGUGGAGGACUGAAUCCAGUCACAAAACAGGCCCAGUGCUUUGCUCUUCUUGAACAAAUGCUGAACAUGAAGGUUGUGCACAUUUUGAACAUGACUACGACCCAGGUUCACUCAUUUCUGCUCAGCCCAGAUGAAGGGCUCCUCUCCCUGCAACAAAGGAUUGAGGCGGAGACCAAAAUUGAACUUUUAAAUCAAGAGCUUCUGCAGGAAACUGGAGUCAUGUUAGACCCUAGGAAACCUGCUGCACAGUGUGUCUUAGACGAAGUUAGAGGAUGGGAUAGCUACAUCGUAUAUCUGUUUGACAAGAGCUUGACCAAGUACUUAGGACCUUUAACAGCCAGAACACUUCCUGAAAGUGUAAACUUUAUUGUGCGGGAAACCAAAACCCAGCUCCCUCUCAGUGCUCUCAAGAAGGUCUGGGGUGAGGCAGUAAGCUACAUCUGUGGCCUUAGAGAGGACUACGGUCGCCUCUUCCAAGGCCAACGUGCAGCAAUGUUAAGCCUCCUUCGUUACAACACCAAUCUUACUAGAUACAAGAACAUGAUGUUUUCAUUUUCCCAGCAGUUGAAAGCAAAACUUGAUUUUUUUAAGAGCAGCAUACAGUAUGACUUGGAGAAAUACAGUGAUCAAAUGCAGUAUGGCAUAUCCUCUGAGAAGAUGUUAAAGGCUUGGCAGGACAAUGAAGAGAAGGCUGCUGCAUUUGUGCAGGUGGCAGAGAUUGGCCAUUUAGAUGAGGAAAUUAUGGCUUUACACUCAGAAAUAGUUGAACUUCAGAGAAGCCCUUAUGCUCGCCGUCAAGGAGAUGUCAUGGAGCAGCUGCAGGAUAAAGCAAUUGAACUCUACAGACAGUUGAAGGCUAAAUGCAAAAUGCCAGACCCACAGCAUGGCUACAGUGACAGCUCAGAGAUGGUAAAGGUCAUUGUACAGACUGUCCAGAAUCAAGACAGGGUGUUAAGAGAUCUAUAUGCACACCUCAGUAAAAUACUUUUGAGCAAGCAGAAGAUUAUCGACCUCUUCCCUAAAAUUGAGAAGACACUGGAGAGUAUUAAGGAGACAGACAGCACUGUCAUGCAGAUGCAAAUCAAGAGACAGAGAGAGUUUUGGCACUUACUAAAGAUUGCCUGUGCACAAAACAUCCCACGAGGCCCUGUGAGCCAGAGUGCUGAGAUGCCCUCCUCGCUGUCAACAUGGAAUCAGACUCAAGCCAAGUGCUCUUCUCGUCCACCCAUGUCCCUGCAAGUGCCACAAGAGGGUGAAUCAGUCAAUCAUUUGCUUGAGGAGAAUCAGCGCUACUUGAGCCAACUAACCAGUUUACUGCAAGAAGCAUCUGAUGAGAAAUCAGAAAGCAUAAUGACUCAAGACUGGAGCUGGACUAAAUAUGAAUCGCUGGUUGCUAAAUCACAACGUUUGUAGAGUCAGGACAUGCUAUAUGACUCAGUCAUUCUUUAAAUACAUUUAUUUAUCAUCACUGGGGUUUAUGUUUAUUUGUAUCAGUUGUUCAUCAUAAAAUAUGUAUUUGUCUGUAUCUAAAUUCAGUUCAAAUCACAUUUUGUAGUGGUGUAGCAAUCUUGUAUAUUUUAAGGAUGCAUUUUAAAUCGACAUAGAACCAAUAACAUGCAAAAAAUCCAGAAAUGUAUUUAUUUACGUACAUCAUAGUUCUCUGUAUGGGCUGAUUGUACUUUCAUUUUAGUCGGUUAAUUUGUUUGUAGUUCAGCAUCUGCACUUUAAAGGCUCACUGUGAAUGUUCUGAAAGGUGUAAGAUCAAUGAAAUUGGUCAUGUCAACUAAGUUACUUAUUGAAAUAUUAAUAAAUGAGUGAGACUGUAAGUAAAGGUUAGUAUUAAAAAAAAUAGAACGCAGUGCAGUGAUGAGUUUGUUUUAAGGAUACCUUUGUAAUGAUGUGACACAAGUCUGUGUGAAAAUUUGUGUUUGGAGAUGUACUUCCCAACACUCUUUUGGCAGUAAUAGAAACCAUUUUUGUCUUUUGCACCAGAAAAUGGUUUCUAAAGAGUGUGAUUGUCCAUCAGGUUGUAGGAAAUGAUUUUAAGUGAACUGUCAUACAGACACCAGUGAAGUGUCAGCUGUAACGGAAUCAGAUUGGUAUCAAUGAAAUUCAUAAUUAUUUUAUUUUUCAUAUGAAUUUAGCCAUUCCCUUAUCAAGUCACAUUUUUAAUGUUUUGUUCCAAAGAUGAUCAGCACCCCAGAAGAGUAACAAGUACAAGGUUUGCGUAUUUCUUUGUUAUCUGGCGAUAAUUCAGAUAUGGGUUAAAAAAAUGACAUCUUAUAACAGAACACUUAAAGUUUUAUGUGUUUACUGUGUACAUGACAAAUAAACUGUAAUUAAAGUGC